AUGGACCAUCAUCAACACUCCUUUGGACUGCACGAAGCUGCAUUACGGGGCGACGCAGAUGGCUUUCAUAAGGCUCUUGAAAUGGGGGCUAAUAUCAACGCGCUCGACGACUUGUGCCGUACAGUGCUGAUGUGCGCUGUCGCUGGUGAAAGUUGGCAAGAAGUCGACGCGUCUGACGCGUCUUUUGUGACGCUCGGGCGUAUGAAGGUCAUUCAGACAAUCAUCGAACAUCCCGACGUGUCGCUAUACACUCUCAAUGCCCCGCAGAGCGCGUUCAACGGCGUGACCCCUCUAGGUAUGGCCUCGUGGCUUAACUCGCCUCAGGCGGUAGAAUGUCUACUCGAAGGCAGUCGAGAGACAGUUUCCGUCAACGGCAUGGACUCGCACGCCGCUACUCCUCUCAUGUACGCUGCACGAGACGGCAACCAGGAGGUGACGCGAAUUCUUCUCUCUCAUGGCGCUAGACCAGAUUUCCGUGACAAAAAUCACCGCACGUCCGUUCAGUUCUCCCUCUCUCACCCCUCAACGCUCUGGCAAUGUGAACUAGCCCUUCGCCAACAUAGGCUAAGAGAGAGUCGCCACCCCGGUCGUUCACGUCUACUAUCCGCCUCCGAUCAUCUGCUCUCACUAAGCGAACCAUUUCUCUCCUCUUGUUCUCAGCAAUCAUCACCAUCUGUCAUUUCUACCAAGGACUCCCUCUUGCAACUCACACAUUCUCUUGUUCAAUGUAUAUCUGCAUCAGACGCAUCAUCUGUACAAGCUUUACUGUUCCCAUUAUCUCCCUCUCUUUCAACACCUCCUUUCGUGAACUAUCCUGACCGGGAAGGAUGGAGCCCCAUCCAUCGUUGUGCAGCAGCCGAGCGAUUGUCGAUUGCCGUCCUCGAUUCUCUCUAUUGCGCAGGCGCCGACGUCUCCCUAUUCACGACAAAGGAGCACUACACCCCCCUCCACUGUCUCGCCCACUUUGCCGGCCUCUCAGAAGAAGACCCGGACCCUUCCCUUACUCUUUACCAAUUCACUAUUCACCUCAUCCGUGAUCUCCAGGCCCCUCUUUCAGCACGCGAUAAGAAUGACGAAACUUGCAUCCACAUUGCUGCGGAGCAUGGCUCAUGCAUCGACAUCUUAAUGGGCUUCUUGGAAUGCGACACGACCGGCAGCAUUCGCGAGUUUAGGAACUCUCGUGGGCUGACGGCAUUAGAAGUUGCCAAACCGGAGUUCCGUGUAGCUUUUGGGGACGACUGUGACAGGCUGCGGUCCGUUUCAUCCCUUUCAAACCGCACAGUUCGCGCGCUUCGGCCGACGGCAUCUCUCACCUCGAUCGUUUCGUUCUCGAAUGAGAGGUCCUCGGUCCGCGACAAUGAGCUCCUGGUUGCGGAUGAUGAUAUUGCCCUAUCUUCGCACAAGCUGAUCGCGCAUUUACGAUUUACCUGCCCCACCUUGCAGCAUGCUCCCGAUGCCAGCAGCGUCUCUGCCCUCUCCGAGGCUCUUGCCGAGUCCCAGGCCCUCGGUCAAGUUAUCCUUCAGAAUUAUCGUGGCCGAGCGGAUGACGCUAUGAAAGACUUAUAUGAAGCUCGAAUUGUGGUGGCUCGUAUCGGCGCUAUGCUUGAUAAAGUCAGUGGUUCUGUAGACGGCGAACUCGCACAGCAGGGUCUACAGCCUAUUCACGUCCUCGGUGGCCGUUUCCGCGAUUCCCAAGACUCUCAGGCCACUGCCGUUGCGUCUGAAGACGGAGAACAUGUGCAAGUUGUCUCCACUACGCUGUCGUCUCCGCAAACGUCUGGGCAAUGUUCUCCCAUGUCAACUACCGGCAAGCCCGUGGAUGCGUGUUCCAUUGCUAUCCAAAACGCUUGCCUUGAUCUCAUCCGAUCUGCGACAAAAGAGAGUCAGCAACGCUCGCCUUCAUUCUUUCGCUCCUUGUCCGGCUCGCCCACUGUGCCUUCUGUUCGAUUGGCUACUUUGGUAGACGAGGAAGAAGCUAUCAUUGGGAGUCAAGUGUGGGACCCAUCUUCCAUUGCUGCUGUCAAGUCUCAUUGUACCGAGGAGAAGACCGCAAACAUCUUCAAGCGGGCAUGGAAACAUUGGUUCAAGAAGAAAGACAUCGAAACAAUUAAAGUGUCUCGUCCUCCCUUCAAGCAACAAUUGACAAUCGACACGAAAGCUUGUCAGCUGACUCCUAGAGUUACCUCAGAGUCGGCCACAGACGAAGAUGGACAUAUACAUUCGCGCAAUACGCCCUUACGUAUGUCUCAUGUCGUUCUUGACGCGUCAAGAAAGGACCUACAUCAGAUCGAGGAGAUUCUCCUAGCGGCCGAGCAGUUCCUGACUGCUGCCAACCAUUCUAUCAAUAGGACCGCGCGGGUGAUUGACAGAGCAAUCAAAAAACGCCAAACCGCUGUCGACGCAUUACAAGCGUUAUCUCUGGCAGGACACUCCCCAAAUUACGUUCAUUCAAAUUCUUCCUCUUAUCUUACGGCACCCACGCCGCCAUCCUGUCUUUCAUCUCCCAAUUCCUCCUGUGUGUCACUAGCGGCAACUUUGACCGAAAACGACGACGAAGACGUACGCGCUAUCCGCAGACUACUACUUCGAAAAAUAGAAGCUAGCCUUGGCGGCUCCAUAGACGAGAUCAGCAAGGUUACUGCAUGGCUCCCCCUGGUGAAGGAAGCAGUAGCUAGUGUCAAGCGAAGGACUUACUUGUGA